ACAGAGGUGGAGGGACAGGUGACGUGGGCAACAUAAAACUCUUCUUCCUGGAAAGAGCCAAACCAACUGCGAAAAUGGCAAAAUUCUUCAAACAAGUUCAAAUCAAUGAGUUCAAGGAGUGCUUCUCCUUGUAUGACAAGAAGCAGAAGGGCAAGAUCGAAGCCAAAGACCUGAUUACAGUUAUGCGCUGCCUCGGCACAAGCCCCACGUUUGGUGAAAUUGACAGACAUCUACAAGCUCACAAAAUCGAUAAGAAAGGGGAGCUGGACUUCUCUAUGUUUCUGACAAUGAUGCACAGACAGAUGCAACAGGAAGACCCCAAGACAGAAAUCCUGGAGGCCUUGAGGAUGACGGACAAACAGAAGAAAGGAUACAUCCAGGCCUCUGAGCUCCGGGCCAAGCUCACCAUGUUAGGAGAGAAACUCACAAACAAGGAAGUGGAUGAGCUCUUCAAAGAGGCAAACGUCAAGUCAAACGGAGCCGUCAACUAUGAAGAUUUCACCCAGAUGGUGACACUGCCACCUGUCGAUUACUGACCUUUCAAGAAAAAACUUCAGAACAACAGCCAUGAUGGGGAACUGACUUGAAAUACACCGAACACGACUGAACACGUUGUAAAGGAUUGCGGUUGUACUGUUUUGUAACCCCCCCCAGUCCAAAAAAAUAGUUAGAAUUUAUGUAAGCAAGUUAGUAAUUUAAUUUAGUUUUAUUUUGUAGUAUAAAGCACAGUGUAUAAAUAUCCAUAUGUAAUAUGACAUUAAUGAUUAAUAAAAGAAUAACAUUUUGUCCAAAACAUGUAAAUGUUGUAUCACUACUACAACUUACAUUAUGUCAU